GUUACAAAAUAGUCAAUUCUAUCCCAUACAACAAUCUUAGUGAUGAUCCCCAAAGUAAAAGUUCCUGCCAACUUUGGUAGAGAAUUGAUAAACUCCCCAGUACAUGGUAACCUGGUGCUGAAUCUGAAAGAUGGAUCAGUGUUGAGGGUAAACUCGGUCAUAAUGUCCCUCAACAGUCCAGUUAUUGGAAAUAUGACCACCAACCUUUGUCAGUCUUCCCUUGAGGUGGAUGACUUUAGUGUUGAAGCAGUACAUUGUUUUGUGGAUGCAAUGUACUCUGGUGAAGCUGAAAACAUGGAUAAAGUAAAUUUCGAAGAUGUUAACAAGAUGGCUCAUGUUUUUGAUGUGAGUUGGCUAAGUAAGACGAGUCUUAACUUCUUCAAAACAAAUGUUCUAAACUUUAAGAACAAUUCAUAUGAGGAGAUUCUGUUUGCCUGUGAGAUUGCCAGUCGUGCAUACUUCAACUUGAAACAGAGCAAGUUUGUUGGUCUUUUUGUAAGAAAUAUGACAUCCAGGAAUGUAGGAAAAAGGGCAUUUCUACGGAAAUACAUGUCCGACUUUGCUGAGCUUUCAAAACGUCAGAUGGACAUGUCAAUUCAGAUAGCAGGGAAAGAUUUUAACAUUCUGUUUGAUUGCUUAGUGAGUCAUCUCACGUUUGUGUUGAAGUACACAGGAUUUGACGAGAACUCGUUGUAUUUACUCGAACAAGUAGAUAUGAGACUCUUUCAGCAAAGAUAUCCAGACCAGUUUGUUGAAGUAGUAGACCUGAUGAUUGAACUGUCGGGAGGAUCUGAGAGUGGUAAAGUAAAAGAGUUGGUAGAAAAGGUGGUCAAGUUGAGGAGUGAGGGGGUAGCUGGUGGUUCUGAUGUGGUGCUAGUAGACAGUCAAUAUGCUGGAGAUUCUGAAGAUAGUGAUGAUGAAGAUGUUCAGGAGGGUUGUAGACACGUUGCUAUUCAAACUGAUGAGUUUAAAACAGGUUGGAUACAGCCUGUAAGUAACACAGACUACCCCCUGUUACCAGACGAACCAGUACAGCUCAUAACAACAGAUAAUGAGUUAGAGAAAGAUAUUGGUGUGUGGUAUACUCUACCUGGGAAAGAAUGCCUGUCUAUGAGAAGGAGAGACGAUAAAGCAUGA